UGAGCGGGCGGAAGCGGAGAGCUGGGGCGCCAUGAGGGGCGCCGGGAGCAGCGGUGCCAUCCGCGCCUGGGCCGGCCCGCUCCUGCUCCCGGGCCCGGCGCGGCUGCCCCCGGCUCCUCGCAGAGGUUUUGCUGCCACAUUCGUUAGGAAGUCAUAUGAUGUCAGAAGAGUUGAUAUCACUCCCCUGGAGCAGAGGAAGGUGACUUUUGAUACCCAUGCUUUAGUGCAGGAUCUAGAAGCCCAUGGCUUUGGGAAGGAGCAAGCACAGACCAUCGUGUCGGCGUUGAUAACCCUGUCCAAUGUCAGCUUAGACACCGUCUAUAAGGACAUGGUUACACAGGCCCAGCAGGAAAUAACUUUACAGCAGAUAAUGGCACAUUUGGACUCCAUUAGAAAAGAUAUGGUCAUCCUGGAGAAAAGUGAAUUUGCAAACUUGAGAGCAGAGAAUGAGAAAAUGAAAAUUGAAUUAGAUCAAGUUAAACAGCAGCUAAUGACUGAAACCGGUAAAAUCCGAGCUGACAGCAAGCUGGACAUAAACCUGGAGAGAAGCAGGGUGACAGAUAUGUUUACAGAUCAGGAGAGGAAACUGAUGGAAGCAACUACAGAGUUCCAUAAAAAAGAUGCAAAUACCAACAGCAUUAUCUCAGAAAUCAGUAAUAAAAUUGACACUGAAAUAGCUUCCUUGAAAACACUCAUGGAAUCGAAUAAACUUGAGACCAUUCGCUAUUUGGCAGCUUCAGUGUUCACUUGCCUAGCAAUAGCACUGGGGUUUUACAGGUUCUGGAAAUAGAUCUCCAUGGAAUGACUGCACUAAAUACAGACAGAAAAGGCCACCCAGGCAACACCACUCUGAUGAUCAUACUUGUGCUAUAGAUAACCCUGGCACCUUUUUGUCUUGAUAUUCUUUCUGUAUAAUAAAAAUGUUUUCUGAGUAUGAAACACUGAAGAGCAAAAUAAUUGGGGGGAAGUAGCCAAAUAGUAAUAUUUUAUUGCCUCCUAUUCAAUACUGUAUUUAUUCCAAAGUAUUUCUUAUGCUAUACCAGAAAUAUAUCUUUUAGAAUUAAAUUUGAUUUUUUUGUGGAAAAUACUCAGAUAAGUGCUCUUAACUUCCCCCCUCAAGAAGCACAGAGUAUUUCCAAGAAACUUGCACAUAUUUUCUGGGCAUAGUAUCUGGCUUUUAAUAUGGAAAUACUCAGAAUCUCAGUGGUGCCAGUAAUCCUCUUCCCCACUCUUCUGUAAUCCUGUGGGACACACUCACCCUCCUGACCACACUCUCAAGGACUUGACAACUCUUGUUGCAGAGUUGCAACAUAGGUGGAUGCCUUCCAAAACUGAAGCAGUUCCAUCUUGUUGAGUACAAAUGCAGAUGCUUGGUUUGAUUCUUUUAGUAAAAUAAUAAAGUCUUUCUGGAUUAACUUUGAAGUAAAAAUAGGCCUUUUAUGGAUUAAGGACUAUAGUACUGACUAGUGGCAGAUUUUUUUUCAUUGCUGUUUUAUUCUGUUUACAGUUGAACUUGCUGGUAUUCUGACAAUCCCUAUAUUCUCUGCAUUAAAUUAUUUAUCAUCUUCAUUCAAAAUAAAAUUAAUUUCUUA